AUGGAAGUGUUAGAUAACACAUAUGAGCCUUUCGUUUCUAUAAAACGACAACUAGCUGCUGUCGAUGAUCGUGAGCUUGAAGAUUUUGUGGAAUCCAGAAGAACAGUGUCGAAAUUCCCCCCUCCGGGAGUACAAGUUGUUCGUGAUUUCCCCCCUGCAGGUUGUGGAAUCAAACUGGAGAGGAAGCCUUUGAAUAAUCUAGAUAAUCGGAACUUAUGUGAGAAUAUAUCAUCUAAUGACAUAAAAAAAAAGUUUAAGGGUUCUACACCUAUUGAGAAUAAUAUUGAAUACAAAUGCUACAAUCCCAAAAAACUUGAGCAAACUAAAUCUAAUUGUUCAAGACCUUCUGGCAAAGUAAAAUGCUUGGAACUCCCAUGUUUAAAGAAGGGUGAGAAGAAUAAGUUCAAGUUUAAACCCAAAGAAAGGGUGAAAAAGAAGUCUUAUUUUGCGUCAAGGCCACCAAGUAAGGUCAAACCUUGGGAUCCCACUUCAUUGAAGAAGUCCAUAACGAUUGUAUCGAGGGAGGAGGUAGUUCAACGUGGAAAGAUCAAAGAAUUAAUUGAUUUGUUUAACGACUUAUAUGAUCAAAAAUCAUUUGAAGAUAAGUCAGUGCAUUGGAAGACUGCCCAACAUGAAGUAGCCAGGAUAGUUAAACAAAAGUUAAAAUGGAUAGAGCCCGAAAAGGUAUUAGGCUCAGUUUGUGGGGUUCGAAUUGGUGAUAAGUUUAGGUUUAGGUUACAGCUUCAUAUGAUUGGUCUCCAUCGCCAACUAGAAUCAGGAAUAGAUUAUACGGAGAUCAACGGGAAGAAUCUAGCUAUUAGCAUCGUUGACUCACAUCGAUACUUGAAUGAGAGCAUAUCAAGUGAUAUGCUGAUUUAUUCCGGUCAUGGUGGUAUUGGAUCAUGGGGUUGUAAUGUACCCAUAAAAGAUCAAAAACUUGAAAAAGGUAAUCUUGCUUUAAAGAACAGCAUGGAUGAAAAAAAUCCAAUUCGGGUAAUUCGGAAAGUUGAAGUGGUUGGGAAGAGUGACGUCUUUUUGUACGAUGGUUUUUACUAUGUGAACCGUUAUACAGAAAAACUAAAUAAUGCAGGUAAGAUUGAGUUCCGAUUUAAGCUAUUUAGAUUACCUGGCCAACCUGAAAGUUCAAUAAAUUUUUAA